CAACAACAAAAAUAGUAAUAGGAACUACGUCGCCGGCCGGCGGCUCGACUGAGUAUGCAACUCCCUGCUGACGCGAGCCGGCAAAAAUUCCAGACUCGAGCUCGGGGCCGGCGGCGGGCUCGUCGGGCUCGCGGUCGCCACCGGGUGCGCCGUCGGGCCGCACCCGCUGCGCAUCACCGACCAGGAGGAGAUGCGCGCGCUCAUGGAGCACAAUAUCGAGCUGAACGGGCUCGCAGGGCGGGUCGAGGCUGCUGUCUUGAACUGGGGCGAGCCCCUCCCGCCCGCGAUCCGCGCCUCUCCACCGGACGUCGUCCUAGCCGCCGACUGCGUGUACUUCGAGCCGGCGUUCCCGCUGCUCCUAGCCACGCUGUCGGACCUUUUGCAGCUACGACCGUCCCGCCGUUCUCCGUCGUCUCCGUUUUCUAGCGGGGAAGCAGGCGCAGGGAGCCCAGAAGGCGCGGGGGACAACGAGAAGCAAGGCGGAAAAGCGGUAAAGGCAGGAGAAGAGGAGAGAGCAAACGCAGACGGAGAGGGGGUCGUCGUCUACUUCUGCUUCAAAAAGCGGCGCCGCGCCGACCUGCGCUUCCUCGCGCGCGCGCGCAAGCUCUUCCGGGUUGAAGAACCACCCGAUGCUGAGCGCGCCGCGUUCUCCCGCGACGGCCUAUUCCUAUAUACAUUCCGGGCGCGGUGAGAUGCCUUGGUCUGACGCCGCGGGCAUUUGGGAUUUGGGGGUGGGUCGCAGAGGCAAGAGGGCCGGGAAGGAGAAAGGAGAAUGAGAAGGGGGGUGGAGGGCCGGGUACGAGGAGGGGAUCAGAAACAGAGAAGGGGAGGAGAGGGAGAGAAAGAGACACCACUUUACAGUCCAGCUCCGGUCGAUGACCAACGCGUCGACGAGAAGACGUAGACUAACCCGUAGUCGGGCUCUCCCGGGGCGCAUAGAGUAUACAUACCCACCUCUAAACCAAGCCAUGAAACGUCCGCCCCUUCGAUGGCUGGUGACGAAGAGGGCUCGCUCGUUGAGUGCAGGCCCAUGAUUGCAUCCCAUUCCCCUCUCUUGCGUAAACUGCAAUUACGCUACGAAUGAGCACAAGAUCACCAGUGCCAUCCCGUCUUACUGCGUAAGCAUAAUACACGCAUUACGCGGCGCAUACCCAACUAAGUUCUGAC